AAUUGAAACGGCGUUAAAAUCGAAAAAGUUGAAAAUUUUAUUGUCGCGCAAGUGUUUAACACAAAAUAAACUCUAUUAAAAGUGUUUAUUUGCAUAUUAAACUAAUAAAUAACUAUAAAUUAACAAUUAUAGUAAACAAUUAAAUAAAUAGUCAAUUUCAAUUCAUUCGAAUUAACCAAGUAAUUGUAUAGUUUUUUUUUCCUUUCCUGUCUACGAAAAACUUGUGCUCAAAAAAAAAAAAAAAAAAAACGAAGUAGAAAAAUCGGAUAUGCGCAUGGCUGCGGUCGCAACAAAUCGCCGCAACAGCAUCCUCCUAAAAGGAAAAAAAAUACAAUAAAGUUUAUGUGUAAUUUGGAUUUGGUUGAAUAAAAAAAAAAAUGCAACAAUCUCAACUCAGCGCAAAGGAGUAUUGAAAUUAAAAUUUUAAUAAAAAAUUACGCCUUUGCUGGCAAACCAAAACAACAACAACAAAAAACAAAUCGCGAAUAUUCUGCAAAUAAAUAAAACAAAAACAAAAAAAAAAAGGUAAAAAGAAAAGCAAAAACAAUAAAGAUAAGAGAGAGAUUAUCAAGAAGAAUAGCAACAACUACAAAAUUUAUUUUUGUAUAAAGCAUUAUUUCGUUUUUCUGAUAAAUUGGUAUGGCUGUUGCAUCGCCAAACGAUGGAGAAUCAAUAUACUAUAAUAACCAACAGCCUCUGCAACAACAACAACAUCAAAUUCAGCAGCAGCAGCAAGAAUACUCAGCAAUGGGCGAGCCCACAAUAUCAAAUAUAAAUUUAGUAAGAGGCAAUAUAAUAAAUACAACAGAAGAGUCAGGCGCCUCAGUAGGUGGCUUUAGUAACAGUAACAGUAAUACAACAGGGUGCAGAGUAGGCACUACGUCGUCGUCGUCUUUAUCGAGAGCAACGACUGUCAAUAAUUCUAGUGGGUUAUUAAAUAGUAUUGGUGUUGGUUUGGGUAGCAGUAGUAGCAGCAGCUUUAUGGCGCCAACAAGCGGAGACAGUAACAGUAGCACAACAACAAUGCAAAAUAGUAUUGGUGUUAGUGGAAGUGCCACAGCUGGUGGCAUAGUUGGCAGUGGACUUGGUGGAAGUUCCUAUCAAAUUGGAACAGGAUGGGAGGAAUUCUGUGACCGACAUGCCCGAGCGGCAGCAACAGAUUUUGCCAAAUCCUGCAUUAAUUAUAUUAACACUAAUCUAAUUGACGAUGGACGCAUUAUUUCGCAUAGGAAUUUUAUGCAAAAAUUUCUCGAUUCAUUUGGCGAGUGCUUUGAGGUGGAAUUUACUCGCAGAAGAAAUCAUUUAAAGGCUGGCAAUGGAACCGCUGUCGUUCCAGAAGAAAGUGAUAUAUCCGAAGAACAAGCUUCGCCUAAAAUUUUUCCUAAAGCAUUUUUCCGCCGACUAUCGUUCAAAGGAUUACGCAAAGGAAAGAAUUUUCUCUUUUUACAGGCAUUGUUUCAUAGAAAUUCAGAUGAUUUAGAUGCCACAACAAGCAGUAGCAGUCGGGCAAAUAAAACUAAAUUAGCUAAAAUUGUUGUUGAAUGCCGCAAGGAGGGUAUUGUUAGUUUUUUAACACCUGAAAGCUUAGAUCAGCCAUCAGCAGGUGCUCAAAAAUGGGAGAAAUGUCGACUGGCAUUAGUUAAGGCUGUAGGUGGUUAUAUGCUGGAAUUUUAUUCUCCACCAAAAUCUCAAAAGCCAAAAAGUGGUGUUUUUUGUUUCCUAAUAUCAGAAGCUCGUGAGACAACCGCAUUAGAAAUGCCCGAUCAUGAGAAUACAUUUGUACUCAAAGCAGACAACAAUAUGGAAUAUGUCAUUGAAGCCCACGAUACAGAUGACAUGCGCAGUUGGCUAGCGACUAUUCGCUAUUGCAUGCGUAGUCCUCCAACGCAACAGCCAACACUUGAAAUGUCUUCUGAUGCUGGAUCAGGAACACCAGGAAUGCAAAAUUCAUCUAAUGCAAAUACAUCGAACACCAUUAAUCCGGCUACAAGCCAUCAGCAUCCAUCGGCAUUCAUCAGUAACAAUGCAACAUCACAGCCUAUUAAUGUUCCAACGACUUCUGCUACAAGUGAUACCCUAAAUUCGGUUAGUGAAGGAGGUGCCAGCAGUCCAGUACCUGAAAUACCGCCACGACGUCAAGGCGAACAACGUCUGUCGGCAUCGAGCAAUUUUGAAUUGACCGAAGGUGAUCUGGAAGGUUCCGAACUUAAUGUAGCCGAUUUGACAGCAGAAAUGCGUCAAUAUCCUUGGUUCCAUGGAACGUUGCCCAGAUCGGAAGCAGCACGAAUGGUGCUUCAUUCAGAGGCAGCUGGACAUGGCUUUUUCCUAGUGCGACAAAGUGAGACCCGAAAGGGUGAAUUUGUGCUCACAUUUAAUUUCCAAGGCAGAGCGAAACAUCUUCGAAUGACGCUUACUGAAUCGGGUCAGUGUAGAGUGCAGCAUUUGUGGUUUCCAUCAAUACAGGAAAUGCUCGAACAUUUUCGACACAAUCCAAUUCCAUUGGAAUCAGGCGGUACAUCAGAUGUUACAUUGACCGAUUGGGUUUACAACAGAGGCAUGCCAUACAGUGGAGGAGGAGGAGAAAACUUUAUUUCUGAUGGAGGGGCGAGCAGCGGUCAUCCGCAACAACAUCCAUCCCCCAGACAUGAUCAACAAGUUAUCACAAUGAAUGGAAGUGUUCGUCUUAAGACAUGUGAUAUUGAACUGCCAUUGGUACAUCAUUUGCCUAAUAAUUUUAAUAAUAACAAUAACUAUAACCAUCAACAACAACAUUCAAAUAACAUCAAUAAUAAUAAUAAUAGAAAUUCACCAAGUUUCCAAGUGAAUGUCUUGCAAUUGCAUGGUCAUCAGCAAAAUUCAUCACAUCAUCAACAACUUCAUCAUCAUCUACUUCAACAGCAACAACAACAGCAGCAACAACAACUACAACAACAACAAAAUCAACAUCAUCAGCAGCAACAACAACAGCAUCAUGUACCAACAAUUCCAUCAGCUCCACCAUCCCAACAACAACAACAUCAACAGCAUCAAUCACAGACACAAGGUGGUGCAAAUAAUGAAGUUGAAAUUGGAAGAGCAGUGGAUAAUCAAUAUAGUUUUGUAUAAAUCAACAAUAACCAACAACAACAGAACAAAACUAAGACAGGUACUAGAUUUAAUUCUAUUGAUAUGUUUAGAUAAAGAAAAGAUUAUAGUGCAAUUUGAUAAAAUAUUAAGUAGUAUAGAAAAAUAUAAUACAAAAAAUCGUAUAUUCCUAUAAAAAAAAAAAAUUAUUAGUCUAAUUUAUAUCUUCUCUAAGAUCUCAAAAAUACCCGUUUUUAUCAAAAACUAUCGAAUCUUUCUUGUGUCAAAAUUCACAAUUUUGAAUAGUUUUUGACCUCGGAUAUUAUUGCGAAUGUUGAGAAAUAUAAAGUUACUAAUAGAAAGUGAGCUGAGUUAUUGUUUAAUAUCUUCAUAUAAAUCAAAAUAAUUUGAAUCAAAUAUACAACAAGUCAAUCUAUAAAAAUAAAACGGAACUAAAAUGAAACCAAUGAAAGCAAAAUAAGAAAAUCGUACUCACGAAAGUCUGCAGAAUGCAAUUACAGUCGUUUUAUUGUGUUGUAUUUAAUCCUUUACGAGCUUUCCUUAAAUUAAUUGCAUUAAGCCAUAAUUUUUUUUGCAUUUUUUAAAAUUUUAAUUUAUAAAAUUUGGUCAAAUAAGAUUUCGGUGAAUUAAGUUUGCACUGUAAUUCUGCAUUAUUCGGUGAUUUAAUCUAAUCUACAGUAGUUUGUAACGAGUGGUUUCGGCUUAAGACCAUCGCUAGUAUGAUUCAUACGCUGUAGCUCGUCGGUCGUUGAGGUGGUUCGUUCACCUGUAGUUCAUCACAAAAGAAAAUUUCAUACCUGGCUUAUUUGUCUUUAAGACAUGUGAGAAUUUUGCUACUCUUCACUGUAAAUGGUGUCAAGACGACCCUUACUUAGUUAACAUUUAAAAUCUAAGCCUGAUCACACUCAACAUUUUCCCUGUCAUCUCUUUCAUUAAAUUUACUAAAAACUUCAAAGGGUAACGGCCAAAAGGAUUAGGACCUGGUGAUGGCAUUCGUUAAGAAGAAUUUUAUAGGGAACUGAAAUAGCUUCGAUAUUAGGGUAGGACCGGUUCGAAUGUCUGGCGUGUCAGAGAAACGAAAGUCACAACAUACACCGAUUUUAUUAGAUACAAAAAUAAAAAAUUCUAUUUUUUUUAAGGCGCGAAUAACUUUUACCAUUGGCAUACUCAUGAGCCCGUAGUUUCUCUUCUAUUUCGAAUAUUUUUGUAAAAUUUGUUCAGCAUCAGAAGUGAUAUAUUGUUAACGAAAUAAUACAAGUAUUUUUUAGUUAUUGCAUUUAAUAAAUAAUUGGCAGUAUUUUUAUUUAGCCUCUUAAAAAAUGCACUUUUU